GACGACAGACAUGUCAUUCGCCAUUUCAGUGUGAGCAAGAUUGAGCAGGAUAACAAAAAUCGCGACUGCUGCAUGAAAGCCGCAUUUCUUGCUUCAGGUCGAGUGAAGGGUUUUAUUUUGAGUGUUUGUGCUGCGGGAUCAUGAACCAGGACACGAACACGACGCUGUCGUCUGAGGAGAACCAGGAGGAUUGUUGUAAUCCAGUAUUGGAUGAAGAGGCAAAACUGAAGGCAAAAUAUCCAAAUUUGAGCCACAAGUCCGGCGGCUCAGACUUUCUUAUGAAAAAACUACAGAAAGGACAAAAGUACUUUGACUCUGGCGAUUAUAACAUGGCAAAGGCCAAGAUGAAGAGCAAACAUCUAGUGACAGCUGGACCCGAUAAGAACCUGGUGACAGGAGAUCACAUCCUCACACCUCAGGAUCUGCCUCAGAGGAAGACCACAUUACUCACCAGCAAACUGGCCGGAUAAACACACACACACGUGAACACACACCUGCAGCGUUUGUUCUGGGUUCACGCCUCUGUGUGUUUCUCCUGCAGAACAAGAAGAUCCUCAUCAUAUGAUCAUCACCUUUACAUCAGACACACAGAUUCAGUCUGAUUCACGCAGUACACCUCAUAUGGAUCACACACAGACUCUAGGUGUUAUACUCUAUAACUCUGAGCACAAACUGACGGAUUUCUGUCUUCUAUGUAGAUUUUAUGUUUGUUUGUUUUCAGUCAAUGUCAAUAAGACACGAGGAAGUUAAACGAUUAAAUAUGUUGUUACAUUCUGCCUAAAGAAAUCAAAGCCUAUCAUAGGAUUAUGAAAUGAUUGUAAUACAUAUUUAUUUAGAAGCAAUAUGAGAUACAUGAACACAACCAGGUAAUAUAAAUUCUUUACGGUUUAAACAAUGCAUCUGCAUUUUUUGGGCAGACAGAAGAAUUGUCAAGAAUAUUGAAAAGAAUAUUAAACUUAUCUUAAUCGUCUUGAAACUAGGCAAAAAGGGUGAAUGUGUUGUUAACAUGCAAGUGUUGAAUAUUUCUAACUGCAGAAUGAUGUAAAUAUUUCAAACGGAGUGAAAUGAAAAGCUAGGGUUGGGAGUCGGAUGCCGGAUACGGAACCGUCCGUUCACCUGUGUGUUCUCUCAUCUUUAGCUCUAGAACACAUUCUGAUAUCAUCUUCACACACUUACAUCAUCAUCAACAUCACUUCAGGGCAUUAUGGGAGAGCAGUGAUGUCAUUCAUCAGUUGUCAGGACCUCCUGGUGUAAUUCCAUGUACAGAGAGUUUGUGUUACAUACAAACCUAAAGACUUGUCGGCAGUAUUUGAAAUAAAUGUGAUAUGAGUUCA